GAUAACCAGUAAUACAGCAGAUUUAUUAUUUUAUUAUGUUUUUCAUUUUUAAAGAAUUCAAACGAAUUCAAAUACUUGUUAAUUCAGUAAUUGUUAAUUUUAAAUAAUCGAUAUUAUACCAAUUUAAACAGUGUGGAAACAAGUAUUAAAUGUGGAAAUCUGUAGGUAUAUUGGCUAUUUUUGGGGCGUUGCUAGCGCUAUAUUUGAGUGAUAUAAAUUUAUCAAUAGUUAACCAAAGAAAAAAUGAAAAAAAGAAAUAUGUUUUACUUACUGCUGAAGAACUGUCUCAAUACGAUGGAGUUCACCAACCAUUUCUGUAUUUAUCAAUUCUUGGAAUCAUCUUUAAUGUUACAGAAGGAAAGAAGCAUUACGGAGUUGGGAAACAAUAUAAUUUCUUUGUUGGAAAAGACGCUUCAAGAAGUUUUGUAACUGGAAAAUUUAAUGAUAACGAUGCGAGUGAUGAUGUAGGUGGUCUAAGUCUGCAAGAAUUACAGUCUCUUAAUAACUGGUUAAAAUUUUACAGUAAAGACUACCAAGAAGUGGGCAAGCUUGUUGGAAGGUAUUAUAAUGAACUUGGUGAACUCACACCUUAUGCAAAACAAAUUAAAAAACUUAUUCUUGAGGCUGAAGAUGUUGAAAAAAAUAGUCAGCUUGAGAAAAUUCAAUUCCCUCCUUGCAAUAUAGAAUGGAGUGCAGAAAAAGGCAGUAGAGUAUGGUGUACAACACGAAGUGGUGGUAUACAAAGAUCAUGGACUGGAAAACCCAGACAGUACUAUGAACCAGGAUCUAAAACAUACAGGUGUGCUUGUAUUAAUGAAGAAAAUGAAAAACUAGGUGUAAUUAAGGAAUAUCCUCAUUGUAACAAAAACUCUGAAUCAUGUUAUGUUAAUUUGUAGUAAAAUAUUUAUAUUGA